AUGUCUUAUGCAAUACAACCGGCGUUCCCCGCCGACGUGCCUGAAUGUUUCGCCGUCGCUCAAAAAGCAUAUGUCGAAUUAAACAGCCUGUUAUACCAUACGAUACCUUUUUCGCCUGAGACAACGGCCCAGAUGAUUCAAUCUCGCGUGGACAGCUUCCAGACGAACCCGCGAACACGUAACGUCAAGGCCGUGGAUUCCGAAUCUGGAGCCAUAAUCGGCUAUGUACGAUGGACCACGCAUCCUGAUGGCCAAGUCCUCGAACAGACCGUCGAAGAAGUAGUAGAGGCGAGACUCACGCCCCGGAUUCCGGAGAUGCGAGAAGGCGUGGCGAGGGCGAUUCAUACGAUCAUGCAACGAGAUAUGAGGGAGAUCUUGGGAAGCAAGGAGGAGGGUGAGGAUGAGAAUGCGGAAGUAAGGAGGUUAAUACCCCAUGUGCAUGUCGACGCGCUAUUCACGCAUCCGGAUCAUCAACGCAAGGGGGUGGCGAGGGCGCUCCUGCAGACUUGUUUGAGGGAGGCGGAUGAGCUGGGCAUCGUGACUUUCUUGGAGGCGACGCAGGAUGGAAAGCCGCUUUAUCUGAAAUCGGGGUUUGACAUCGUGCGGACGUGCGAAGUUGACCCGACGAAGUAUGGGGGUGUUGGAAGACAUGAUCUCACGGUAAGUUUUGCCCUUAUCCUCGGUUAA